GUUUGUCAGCUUCCUGUCCGUCCCGGAAGUGAGCGGCCAACAACAUCAACAAGUGAACCACACUGUACGAUGUGAGGACGGCACACGGCGAAAUGGCAGAGCAGACGAUAACGGUGACGGUGGCAUACGGAUCGGCUAAGCACAGCAUCACUCUAACAGGCCAGGAUGGAAAUGACAUCACGGUCAAAGACCUAUCCGAUGCCCUGACCGCAGCCACCGGGGUCCCAGCGCCCUCACAGAAACUCAUCUUCAAAGGAAAAUCUUUGAAGGAUAAGGAGGAGACUCUGUCCAGCUGUGGAAUAAAACAAGGCUGUAAACUAAUGAUGAUUGGGAAGAAGAACAGCCCAGAGGAAGAAGCUGAACUGAAGAAGCUAAAAGACAUUGAGAAGUCUGUGGAGCAGACGGCUAAGAAGCUGGAAAAACUGGAUGGGGAGUUGACCGGCCUCAAGAAUGGGUUUCUAGCCAAGGAUCUGCAGGUGGAGGCGCUGGGUAAACUGGACAACAGGGUGAAAGGUGCAGCGGAGCAGUUUAUAAGGAUCCUGGAGCAGAUCGACUCCAUGAGCGUGCCAGAAAAUUUUAGUGACUGCAGAAUGAAGAAAAAGGGACUUGUGAAGACAGUGCAGGAUUUCCUGGCCCAGUGCGACAAGAUCGAGGCCCUCAUAUCGGACCACCUAGCAAAAAUCCAGUCCAAAAACCUCGCCCUGGCAGAGUAGCACCGCAGCGCCUCCCUAUCAUGUUGUAUACAUUGCUCUGUGAGCAGCUGCACCCUGUACUGUAAGCUUCAGUUCUGGAGCAGGUCCUCGUCUAUUUAUUGUUGGCAUGAUGUGUAAGAAUGCCCUAACGAUGCAGAAGCCCAUGAAGAGAGAGAGAGGCUGGAUAACAGCAGGCAGUGUUUGUUUUUCUUUUCAUUUACAAUAAUUUUUAUCUUCAAGAAUCAGAAAUGAUCAGUGACAGCAGCCAAUAGCACAAAACCAAUUGACGUUACACUAUAGACUGAUAUGGGUUUGAUCAUGUGCUUGAGUGUGCGAUUGUGAAAUCCUGCUGAUCGUCCUGCACCAACCCAACACGGUUUGCUCAUACACACAUCUAUAGCUGUUGGUUGCUACCGCUAAACGAACAUGCCCGAGUUUCACUCUCAGGUAUAAGACAAACAUGAGCUGCUUUCUUAUGUAUUUCACACAUGGACUCUCUGUGUAAGAAUCAGUGGUCAUUUCAAUUAUUGGCAAGUAUGCAGACAUGGUGACGGUGCAACUGCAGGUCCUUGAUUCUUUAAAGCCCAUGUAUGUGUGCAAAACACGUCAGCACUAAAUGGAACUGCCAGUGUCACAUGCUCAUUGACAUGCUGUUGAUGGCAACAGGGAACUGACAUUGUUUUUUCACUAGAAACUACCCAUUGGUGUAAAAGUCCUCUAGAAAUAACCAAUAUAUCUCAGUACCAAGCCAGCUACCUUUCUCUAUGUCUGUAAAUGACCCUGUUGUGAACACUUGGCCUAACAGGAUAUCCAUGUAUACUGUCUUUAUAUACAGCAAAUGAGAUACCUUUGGCUGAAUGUGUUAUUUCAAAUAAAAUUGGACAUGUUUGUUAACUGUUGAA